AUGUAUCAGGAAUAUGGCUAUAAUUUACACGCAGAGAAGGGAAAGCAGCAAUUUAUUGGGACGGUAGAUGAAAACAGCCCGGCUGCAAAAGCUGGCCUCCGUUCUGGUGAUCGUAUCUACGCUGUUAACGGUCAGAAUAUAGUUGGUGAAAGUCACCGUCAGGUCGUACAGAAAAUUAAAGAAAAUCCGUUGAGGUGUGAAUUACUUGUCAUUUCUGAAGAGGGAGCCGAAUGGUAUAAGGAACACAACAUUCCAAUAACAACUUCAUUGCCAAAUAUAAUACAUGUUUCUGAAGAAGAGGUAUAUUUUUCAAAUAGUGGAUCGCCCACUCCAGCAGCUUGGUAUACUCCAAAAAAAAAACAACACCCAGAAAAUGAAUUUGGUUUUAAUUUGCACGCUGAAAAAGGAGGUGGUCAUUUUGUUGGUGCAGUAGAUAAGCGCAGUAUUGGUGAACGGGCUGGACUUUGCACUGGUCAGCGUAUAGUUGGAGUGAACGGGAAACUAAUUUAUCCGUCAACUCCUUACAGGGAUGUUGUAGCCUUGAUCAAGGAGAAUCCACUGGUCACAGAACUAUUGGUUGCUUCAGAGGAGGUUGACCGGUGGUACACGAACAAUCGUACUGAAUAUUCCUUCCAAAAUGCGGAAGUUUACUCGCCCUCAAGUCCAGUCAGUUUCAUUCCAGCUUCUAUAAUAGAUUCCUUUCUAAAUCUAUUAAAAAAAGAUUGUUCUAGUAAUGAGUGA